AUGUGUUUCGACGAUCCCCGUUACAACAGGCUUUUCUUCGCGAAUCGUAAACGCACACAGCACACUACAGAAGAGCUUUGGCCACACCUAUUUCCGGGGUUGCCUGUUCCAGACUGGUGGCUUCACUAUGUUGGCGUAGAUAGGCGAAAAGUCUGCCGGUGCAGCCGUCCUGCACGACAUCCGGAGAAAACUUUCCGCCUUAUCAAAGAAUGGCCAGAACUAGAAGCGAGCGUAAAAUUUUACAUGGACCGCAUGAAUUACAAGGCGUUCAACAUAGGCGAGUAUCUGGAUUAUCAGCUAAAACGUGAGAAGUUGUGGCAAAGCGCUGGAGUAUAUAUCCGCUCUUUCCACUGGGCGGAUGCUGCCAGGAUAUUCGUGUGUCGUUGUGCCGAACGUACAUGUUACAAGUAUGGUAUGCCCAAGAAUAUUGUACAACUAGAGCAAUGUGCAGAAUAUUUUCUUCUCCAUCGAGAUAAAAUAAUCGUGUCGCAAGACAAGUGGGAGCGUUAUAAUGAAGAUUCACCACCCCCGUACGCACCCAAAGCACAACCGGAGUCGAAAUAUUCUCGUCAGCAAUACCAGCUUCUAAAUAAACACGAGAAUACUAGAAAGGUAUCUCAGACAGUUCCUAAGUCGGAAAUGGGAAUGCGCGGCAGUGCGGAGCCACUGACCUCUCGCUUCGUAGAACCGCGCAAAGAUGGUGCAGCAAUCCAGCAAGAACUAGAGAUGCCUCCGCAAGUUUGGCAAAAUGGCCGCCCUUCUUUAUGGAAACAUUCCGAUGGUAUCUCUUCAUCUGCAAGCACGCCCUUGGGUUCGUCGUUUUUCCCUCCAUCAGAGGAACCUCGUGUACCGGCAACUGCUCCACUGGAAAACCGACCCGCUCCUUGGAAUCGCUCCGAUUCCAGCUAUUUAUCUACAACCCAAUAUCAAGGACAAAAGGGCGCAAGCGUUGGAGGCAUGCAUAGCCGUUCCAAAAGUUAUGAGGCAGGUCAUGCUCGGAUGGACAGUGGUUUCGAUAUGCGCUCAAUGCAUAGUGGCCUAGAAACUAUCCAAAUUAAAGUAGUCAAAGAAGAAAUUGCAGAACUGUCACCAGAAGCCUACUACCUUGGUGAUAGACGUGCGAUACCAGCUGGCCAUGAUAACCAAAACAAGGGAUCCAAUGGUCAUGUUAGCGAGAUUCCCGUUGAGGGAGUCUCAGCGGAGCUGCCGACAGUUGCGCCACGCCAACAACACACACCGACACUGAAUGCUCUCGAGGGCCGCGACUGGGGCGCUAUUCCUGAGAUGGAAGCAAAGACGACCGAUUCCAAUGACAAAGGUGAGGAAGUACCGGUUCGCAUGUCUUGCCACACUUAUGACUCUGGAUUGGUUGACUCACUCCUCGAACAGGUUUCGUAUCUGGGCUCUUCUACGACCCUUGAUCAAGACGUACAACUCCGACAUCCCACUGACUCGUCUUUGAGAGACUCUGGAUUUGGCAGUAACUCUGGGCAUAGCGAAGAGCCUUCUCCGACCUUGAGGUCUGUUUUUCAGUACAACCUGACGUUAGCGGAGCGCAUCAAGCAGGAUCGGAAGGCCAUCUUUGGUACGCAACGCACGCCAUUAAAAGAAGAGAUCGUGAUCGAGUUCCCCCAUCGGAGCGACGCGUUCAAGUGCUCUUCGGAAGAAGAUUUGGCGGUUACGCAGCUUGCUCUGAUCAAAGACCAUGUCGGGAUCAAUGCAAAAGAGGUGUUCAGUCGCUGGAACGCCGAUGACGCUGCACCUAACUGGAAUGCAGAUGUAAUCCGGCCAGCUGUUCAAUUGUUCAUGGGAUGGAAUCGCUCAUUUCGCACGCUCUUUUCCAUGUCCCAGGAAGCGUUUCUUCGAGUAGUUGCCUGGGGAGAGCUUGUGCGCUUGAUGAAUCAGUCUUGGACAAUUAUGAAGUGCCAACCGGGCGAGAAGGUUAUGUUUAGUCAGCUUGGACAGGUGCAUCGCCAGUUCUUCAAGUCCAAGGCUACUUACGAUAGGGAAAAGAAGGAUUGGAAGAUCAGUCGCUUUGAGGCGCUGGGCUGUGAUAUGAUUACAGCGUAUCUUGUGACGAUGACGAUAGAAAUCGGUAGGAGCACGUAG